AUAUAGAAAUGCCAGGAAAAUUUACCCCCACAGAAAUCUGCUGUAUGAUUGCUAUAACUAUUAUAGUUAUAGCAAACCUCUUCCUAGCAUGUGGUAUAGGGCUUUUCCUUCCAAAAUAUUUCAAGGAAGAGGGUUGGCAGUAUAUUGGAGAUUUGGGAGAAAUGUCACUCGAAACCAAAAUGGAAUUCUGUAGAUGCAAAAAGAGAAAUGUAGGAGGAGGAACCGAUACCUCUAAAGGUGUGAAUCCAACAUCUAUCAGACCAACUACAAGCACGAGUAAGGGCACGAGUACGAGCACAAGUACGACGACUACAAAGAAACCUCCAGAAGUCACAACAAUUAAAGUUGAGCCACCACAAACAGAAAAACAAAUAAUAAUCGAAACCACUCAGGCACCACCAGAACAUAGUGCAAGUGAAGGAAGAUUAAUAGAUGCCAAAAAACCAGAUGAAAAUUAUAGCAAAGAGAACUUGGUUACAAAAAAUACAGACCUCACGACGAGGAGUUCAGAUUCUACGAAGAGUGAAGGGAUAAAUGAGAUUAGUGGUAUACCUUCUCCAACCAGCAGCAUAGCUUCAACAGUGACAAGCGUGGCUCCUACCACGAGUAGUAUAGCUUCGGUUACGAGUACUAUGGCUUCUACGACGAGUGACACAGUUUCUACGACGAGUCCCACAGCUUAUACAACGAGUAGCGAAGCUUCGACAAAGAGUAGUGAGACUUCUACCUGGACGACGGUGACUACUACUACGAGUAGUCCACCUUCUACGAUGAGUACUAUAGCUUCUGUGACGAGUACCAUAGAUUCUACGACGAGUCCCACAACUUCUGCAAUGAGUAGCGAAGCUUCGACAAAGAGUAGUGAGAGUUCUACGUUGACGACCGUGACUACUACCACGAGUAGUACACCUUCUGCGACGAGUACUAUAGCUUCAACGACAAGUACUAUAGCUUCUACGACAAGUACUAUAGCUUCCACGACAAGUACUAUAGCUUCUACGACGAGUACUACAGCUUCUGUAGCGAGUACCUCAGCUUCUACGACAAGCACAAUAGCUUCUUCGACGAGUACUAUAGCUUCUACGACGAGUGGCAUACCUACUACGACGAAAUAUAAACCUCGCAAAGGAUUUUCUAGUAAAAUCAUUUUAGCAAGAGAUCUCAAGAAUCACUUUGAGGCCAACCUUUGAUUUUAAUGAGUUAAUACCAUACUGAAGUUAUUUAUCAUUCCUCUGUUUAUUCAUUGGAAGUAUGUAUAUUUUGAUUGAAAGAUUAGUUCCUUGGAGUACAUCAGCGAUUCUUCAAUUCGAUACAGAAAGAUAUGGAACAUGCAUAUUCUGAAAUGUUGCACUUUAUUGGAUUAUUUCAUGUAUCAUUAAGAUAUCAACUCCACUCUUCUUUAACCUCGAGAUUCUAGACGAAAAAUGGAUCCAAUUAGAAUAGCUGAAAAUUCAAAUAUUUCUGAAUCUAUACCAAAUGAAACUACAGAAAGUAUAGCUGAAAAUUCAAAUAUUUCUGAAUCUAUACCAAAUGAAACUACAGAAAGUAUAGCUGAAAAUUCAAAUAUUUCUGAAUCUAUACCAAAUGAAACUACAGAAAGUUCAUUAACUACAAUAUCUUCUCUUCAAAAUAACGAAACGGAAGAUACAACCCCAUAUAACAUAACUUCUUAUAUCAAUUCAACAGAUGUUGAUUCUACAGAGAAAAAUGAUUGACGAUGUUAUUGUAUUUGUAGAAUUUCAAUAACGUCAUCUAGAAAUCUAGGAUGCCCACAAAAAUUUGCUAAUCCCAGAAGAUUUCAUUACAUUUUAGUUAGAAAUACAUUUCAUUCUCAUUAAUCUCAAAGGGCAAUUAUUUCAUUAGAAAAUAAUAAAUAAUAGUGAGAAAA